AUCUUGUUUGUGGUCACAUCCCAACACAUGUGUUAAGAAAGCUCUUUUUUAAGAAACAAUUCAUCUAAAAGAGUAACUAAUAACACAAUAAUAAAUUAUAUGAUUUAUUUAUGUGUAACUAAAAGAAUGCUGUUUGCCAUUAGAAAUUGAUGUGCUCAUAAAUUGUAAAAACAAUAAUGCAGUAAUAGUGCCAUUGAUGUGUUCUUCCACCGCAAUUAUUAACUAGAGAUAACGCGUGUAUUGGUAUUUAUUUAGACAUUCCAUGUUCGCAAGCAAACAUGGAAUCCAAGUACAUGAUUAACAGCAAUGGCAGCUCGGGAAUGGCCUCCGUGUUCCCGAUGAAGCGCAAAAUAGAACCGAUGAAGGAGCAGAACUCCAUCAAGAAACCUAACUAUUUUCCGCCCAAGCAACAGCAACAACAGCAUCAGUACGGUAAGAACGUGAUGAAGAAGAACACCAUUGAGCAGGAUCGCAAGGCGUUGCCUGUUUACAAUUGCCGCCAACGCAUCCUCAAGGAGGUGGAGGCCAACGAUACUCUACUGAUCAUGGGCGAGACGGGUUCAGGCAAGACGACACAGAUACCGCAGUUUCUGCUGCAGGCCGGCUAUGCCACCAAUGGCAUCAUUGGGAUCACACAGCCACGUCGCGUCGCUGCCAUCACAAUUGCCAAGCGAGUGGCGCAGGAGCUGUCGUGCAACGUGGGCGACACUGUGGGCUACACGGUGCGCUUCGAAGACACGACGACGGAACGCACACGCAUUCGCUAUCUGACCGAUGGCAUAUUGCUCCGCGAAGCCAUCGGCGAUCGAUUAUUGCGCAGGUAUUCUGCUAUUAUGCUGGACGAGGCGCACGAGCGAACUGUGAAUGCGGAUGUGCUGUUUGGCAUAGUAAAGGAGGCGCAACAGGAGCGACGCAAACACAAAAUGGCCAAGCUGAAGCUGAUCAUUACCUCAGCCACCAUGGACAUUGAUCAUUUCGGACAGUACUUUAAGGUUAAGGGCAUGUAUCUGGAGGGACGCACGCAUCCGGUGCGUGUGAUGCACGCCAAGGAGUCACAGGAUGAUUAUAUACAUGCUGCGCUGGUCACGCUAUUUGAUAUACAUCGCCAUGAGCCCAUAAACCAUGAUGUGCUCAUCUUUCUCACCGGCCAGGAGGAGAUUGAGGCGCUGGCUCAGCAGAUUCGACAGCUGGCGCGGAUCAAUAAUUCGGGUCCGUCGGAUGUGCGUGUUUUCACGUUGUACGCGCAGCUGGCGCAGGGUAAGCAGCUGGAAUGCUUUCUCCCUGUGCCCGCGAACACGCGCAAAAUUGUGCUGGCCACGAAUAUUGCCGAGACAUCGAUCACCAUACCGGGCAUUCGAUGUGUCAUCGACUGUGGCUACGUCAAGGAGAAAUCGUUCAAUCCUUCCACAGGUCUGGACACCCUGAAGACUGUGCGUAUCUCACAGGCGCAGGCCUGGCAACGAAGUGGACGUGCUGGACGCGAUGCUCCAGGAAAAUGCUAUCGCACCUACACCAAGAGCAACAUGGAAAAGUUUAGGACUGCCGCUCAGCCAGAAAUACUGCGUGCCAACUUGACGUCGACGGUGUUGCAGCUGCUGGCGCUGGGCAUCGAUUGUGCCAGCUUUGAUUUCAUCGAUCCGCCACAUCCCGAGGGCGUGCAAAGCGCCUACAAGGCCUUGGAGCAGUUGGGUGCCGUCAAAGCCGCUGCGACGCCACCCGCAAUAACGAGCACGGGUCGCUUGAUGGCCCAGUUUCCCCUGGAUCCGAGAUUUGCUAAAUUGCUGCUGGCGGCUCCCAGUUUUGGUUGCAUGGAGGAGAUGCUCAGCUUGGUGGCCGCUUUGUCUAGCGACAAUGUUUUCAUUGGACAUACGGAUAAAAGUGAAUUGGCUGCGUUGGCACAUGCCAAGUUUCAGUCCAAGCACGGUGAUCAUUUGACACUGCUCAAUGUGUUUGCGACAUUUCAGAAAACGGAUAAACCCAAAGUCUGGUGCCAUGACAACUUCCUGAACAUUAGGAAUCUAAACUAUGCCCGCAAUGUACGCAAUCAGCUCGUCGAGAUAUGCAACAGAAUUAACCUGGCUUCGAAUAGUUGUGGCGACAAUUUAGAUGCAGUCAAGAAGUGUCUGCUGACGGGUUUGUUCGAUAACAUGGCCACGCUGCAAAAGGAGGGACACUAUCUGACUCUCAGUGGACGGGUAAAGGCCAAAAUCCAUCCUUCCAGUGUGCUUCACGGCAAGUACAAGCCCCAGUGCAUCCUGUUCAGUGAGAUGGUGCAAACGGAGCACAAUUUCCUGCGACAGGUGACGGAGAUCAGCGUGGAAUGGAUCGAAGAAGUGCUGCCAAACAUGAAGUUUAAUAUUAAAUAAUCGCAUUUGAGUUUGGUCGUAGAAUCGCUUCUUUCAAUGGAGUGAUAUAUUGAUCGGAUUGUCGGGAGAAUAGAUUGUCCGCAAUUUGAAACGAAGUUUGGAAAGGACACGCUCAGUUAGUUGUGGCUAAUUCCUUGAACAUUUGCAGGGAAUCAUAGUUAAGACUCAUUUCCUUCUUUACUAAUCUUAAGAACAUUAAUGUUAACGUCUUUUAAUAACCAUUGCUUUAAUUAUAAGCCCUAACCAUUUUUUUUUAAAUGUAGCAGAGUUCAAUUUUCUAGUUAAAACAUAAUAAAAUUAUAUUGGAACAUGAGAAAAAAAAACUGAUGUAUCAUUUAGACGAUUGACGAUGUCAGUCAACAUAUUUGAGGCGGGUUUUAAACAGAACCAGUUAGAGACAUCUUCCGAAACUGGAUCUCAAACUUCUUUGAUUAUGAAGAUUAAAUGCGCUUACUGUGUGAAGGCCAAGAAAGAUUUUUGUAUAUAUAUAUAUAAUAAUAUAUAUAAGUAAGAAUAGGUUUUAAAGAUAUACGUCAAUUCCAGACGUACAAUCGAUUAAGUUAAAUAAAAAUGACGUAUGUUAAAUAUUAGGCAAAAAGGCUUUGAAUCUAGAAUGUAGAAACAAAAACUGGUUCGGAUAAAAUCGAACUUUUUGGGAUCUAUAACAUCAACUGAAAUGUAUGCAAAUUAAACCGACGCUAAAGACACGUUCCAACCAUUUAAAUAAAAACAAAUCGAGUCAGUUGUAUUUGACAACAUAUUAAAAUAUUCAUAUAUUAUAUGGUAUAUUGUAUAUAUAUGUAUAUAUUCACAUAACGAUUGCACAAAGUAUAAGUAAUUAAACGUGACAAAACAUAAAUGGGGCAACUGAGUUAUAGACAAGUUGCGCUUAAGUACUGAAAACUAUGGAAUUUUCGUGCUUUUAUCUUAAACGUAGUAUAAUCGUAUUAUAUUGAAAUUGAACCAAAAUUGUGUAUACACAAAUGAAACUAUCCACAUUCAUCAGUCUAUAUGUACAUAUAUAUAUGUAUGGGUCUAGAGAUGUCCUUGCAGGGAAUCACGCAGAUACACGGGACUGCUGAACGAUUUGCCCUCGACAAGAUGGGCGAGAUUCUCGCCAGCAUAGCUGACAGACGGUGCAAUCUCACAGAUGUCACCGUGCACAAUGCCACCGGCAUUUUCAAUAUAUUUGCGAUGCAACCGAUGCAGAUCGGCACGCGCUGUGCUGGGGCAAUCCUUGCCAGCGGCAUCGGCAUUCUUAAGCGCACUGAACUCCUCCUCACGUGGCACCUCCAUGGCCACAAACUUCUCGGCAAACUCAAA